UUAGAGCUCGAAUAUUUCGAAGCAAUACUAAUCGUAAAAACAGAAACAUUUUGUAGUCCAAUAGCCACAAAGUACCAAAGGGUAAGAGUUGAGGGGGCAAUGGAGUCAUUUGCAGAUUUGGAGCGACUCCAGACCCGAAUCCUUCAACGAAUAACAAACCUCGAGCUCUCUCUUCUUCCUACCGGCGAUACUCCUCUCUCCGCCGCCAGUACCGCGGUCGCCGACGACACCACCACCGUGGACUGCCUAUCCUCCAUUCUCCUCGGGAAUGGCGUCAGAGAUUUCUGCUUCAAGCGUGUUGCCUCUGAUUACUAUGAUUGGCCUCUCGAAGCUCGUCGUGAUGUUUUAGGCGCUGCAUCCGUUCACCAUCUCUGCAAAAGCAUUGUUCUGGUAAAUACUCAAGCCCCAUCUAAUAUCACUGAUUGUAGUGAUCGUAACAAUUCAAAGUACUAUGUCGUAGUUGUACAGUAUACUGCUAGAUUUAAUGCUGAGACUGUGAAGAAUUUCCUAUACACACUCAAUGAUGGCAAGAUAGCCAAAAAGAAAUUCAACAUGAGACUUGCUCCCGAGGAGACAUCAAUCAAACUGACUGGUUUUGAACACAAUGGAGUUACGUGUGUUGGCAUGAAAACAGAUAUACCGGUGAUUUUGGAUGAAGCAAUUGCCAAACUCAGCCCUGACUUCUUCUGGUUAGGAGGCGGUGAGAUUGAUCUUAAACUGGGGGUGAGGACUUCAGAAUUCAUCAAGUUUGUUAAACCUUUCAUCGUCAACUGCAGCGGUGCUUAGAUUGACCCCAUUCCUCGAAAAGCCUGUGCCAUUUUGAGGUUUGAACUUGUAUCGAUAUUAAAUUUGUACUUCUACGGUUAUUUUACCAUUUCCUUGCUGGAUUAUCAAGAUCUUUACACAAAUGGUUGGUCGGAUUCACUGCUUACUUUUCCGAGCUGUAGCUGGUGAGUGAGGGGUGCGCGAGUACUCCAUUGGUGUUCUUUGUCUUAGUGUUAUCUUGAGAAGAAUGAAUGAAGUAACGACUCUUGGAGUGAAA